AUGUCGCAAGAAAGCUCGAAAAAAUUUGCAAUGAAUCCACAAAAGAAGCGUUUGGAACAGCUCAAAAAACGGCGGGAACAUCAGGAAAUGUUGGAGAAGCAGCAGUUAGCUCAUAAUAGUAAAAGUAAGAAAAAGAUGUCGAGAGAAGUGGUGAGUAAUCCGGAGACACAGCAAACGGAGACAGAUGUGAAAAUGAGUGCGGAGGUGGUGGAUUAUGAGUACUCAGUUGAGGAGGACUAUGAAGACGAUGAGUACAAGGCGACAAACAACGAAGUGAUCAAAAAACUGCUAAUCGAGGAGAAACGUCUUCUAAAGUCGGUGAAACUCGCCGGUGAAAACGAGAAGAAGCUGAAUACGGUACAAGAAGAGAUCGGAAAACGGUACGAUGAGUUCGAGAAGUGUUUGGAUGAGAUGGAUAAACAGUUGACAAAUUAUGAGGCGAAGGCGAGAGACUCGUAUUUGAAUAUUGACAGCAAUAUCCAACCAUUAUGCAAACGAUGGCAAGCGUCCCAAAAAACAAUGGCCUCCGUCAAGAUUCACGUCACGGGACCCAUCGCUCCGUCGAGUGUCUUUGGAAAUUUGGCACAUUAUGGAAUAUCGAUUUUGAGACAAGUCUUAUUCUACAUGGCAUACUGUAGGGACUUGAUGCCGAGAUUACAUCCGUCGCCUGUCAUGAUGACUCCGCCCACUUCUGACUCCCCGCGGACAUUGAACUCGUUGAGGAUUACCGCGUCGGAUUGA